GAGCAGGAUCUGAUGGACAUCUGCACAGGUUUAGGUGACCCAGGAGGAGCUGCUGAUGUGUCUCCAGCCUAGAGGUGUCACCCAGAAAACAUCUAUGUCCCUGGAAGGAGCUCUUCUAUGAGUCCCAGCCAGGCUGGCAGUGAGCAGCCCCCUCAGCCCCCCUCCUGGCUGAUUCCUUCGCUGCUUCUCGCAUUAGGCUCAGUCCUACAGACCAGCCCCACCGCUGGCUGAAACUUUUUAGCGAACGUUAUUAAACUUUCCGUGCAGUCGCUGAAAGUUGCUGAUGGCAGCUGCCAUGCUGCUGCUCCUCCUGUGGAGCUCCGUCGUCCUGUCCCGGGCUCAGUAUGAGCAGUACAGCUUCCGAGGCUUCCCCAGAUCCGAGCUCCGACCCUUGCAGACCACCUAUGGCCAAGCCAUGCAGCUCUAUGAGGCUCAGUCCUGGAAGGAGGCGACCAAAUCGCUGGAGGCCAGCCUGAGGCUCCACCGACUACUGCAGGACAGCGAGGAGUUCUGCGGCCAGAGCUGCUCCAAGGAGACCUCCAUCCCCGGGCUGGAGGAAGAGGAGGACGAGCAGGAGUGGAAGAUAGAGCUCAGGCUGUUCGGAAGGGUCCUCUCCAAGGCUGUGUGUCUGAGGAAAUGCAAAGCCACCCUGCCAGUCUUCCAGCAACCCUACCCAGACAGAGAGACUCUCAAAGCCUUCCAGAGAAGGGACCCCUACCAGUAUCUGCAUUACACCUAUUUCAAGAUCAAUGAGCUGGAGAAGGCGGUGUCGGCUGCCCAUACGUUUUUACAGAAGAACCCCACCCAUGAGAUGACGCUGCGCUACAUGAAUUACUACAAAACUCUGCUGGAAGUGGAUGAGUUUCUCAUAGAUUUGGAGGCUCAGCCCUUCGAGAGCAUAUUUGUGAAGGCGGUAAAGUCGUACAACGCUGGGGACUUCAGGCACAGCACAGAAGAGAUGGAGCAGGCUUUGCCUCUGUAUUACAAAGCAUACAACAACUGCCUGACAGGCUGUGAGGGGGUCUAUGAAAUGAAAGAAUUUAAAGACUUCUACCCGGCCGUUGCAGAUCACCUAACCGAUGUCCUGGAAUGUAAAGUGCAGUGUGAGGCCAACCUGACUCCGAAUGUUGGAGGAUAUUUGGUUCAGAAGUUCGUGGCCACCAUGUACCACUAUCUGCAGUUUGCAUAUUACAAACUUAAUGACGUUAAGAACGCUGUUCAGUGUGUGUCCAGCUACAUGCUGUUUGACCCUACAGAUACAGUAAUGCAACAAAACCUGGCGUAUUACAAGUUCUACAAGGAAAAGUGGGACCUCGAGGACUCUGAUUUCAACCCUAGAGAGGAAGCCACACGGUAUCACAACCAGACUUUGCGCCACAAGGAGCUGCUGCAGUUUGCCCAAGAUUUUCUCCGUGGGGAUGACGACGAGGUAAAAAUUGGAACGUAUCCCCCCAUUGACACAGAACCUCUCCCGUCUGAUAAAGAAUUCGAAGGGGAAGGGGAUUAUGAGGAAGGGAUUUAUGCUGAUUGGUGGACAGAACCAAAGUCAAAAGGAGACUUGGCUAACAAGCCAAACGCUAACUAAAGCUUCUGGGCUACACCUGAACUCAUAUGAUUCAC